CCUGAAUUACCUGCAAAAAGAAAACAAUCAAUCAGCUCCAUUUCUAAAAAUGUGAUCUUGUGUAUAUUUUGUCGAUACUUAGUAAUUGAUAUUUGCAGUAUAAUUUCAAAAUGAAUAUGCAAAAAUGUUUGUGUUCCUUGACAAGAAAAUAUACAAAGCUUGUACCUCAUGCUUUUGGAAACAAAAGUCAUCUUAGAACUUAUACAUUCUUGAGAGCAGAAAAGAAAAAAUUCUUAAGAAUGCGGUCAUCGCUAAGCAUGACAAUUUGCCCCUCUGCUGGCCUACAAACGGAUCUUUCUGCUGUGAAAGAUGAAGACGUGUCAAAAAAUAAUUCAUCCAUCCAUCAUCAAAAUUACAAAUUUGAAGACAUGUCUUUUGAUAAGCCUGUUCCUCAUGAAGACCUUAUUACUGCCUUAUAUAAAUGUAAAACCAUAUCUGAACAAAUGAAAACACUGGCUUCUACAUUAAGUCUUUGUCAAGAUGAUGUAAGAAAUCGAAUAAAAUUCUGUAGAGCACUUGAAUUGUUGUUUAAACCUUUUUUCAGUGAUUUCAAAAUCCAAAUUUUUGGCUCAACCGUGAAUGGAUUUGGGUUUAAAGGUUGUGAUAUAGAUUUAAGCUUUGAAACUCCUGCUGAAGGAAAGGAAAAGAAUUUUUAUAUAGAACCACCAGAUGUACCACUAGUUAGUGAAGUUACUAGUGGAAAAGUCACUCCUCAACAAAUCUCUGAAUUACCUCCUAAAGAGCAACUUCUUUUCAUUCAUAAUGUGCUUUUAGAAUAUUACAGAGAAUCUGAAGAUGCACCCAUAUUUAUAAAUGCACACGUACCACUUGUGAGAUUCCAUCAUGAUAAAUUUGGAUUAAAAUGUGACCUAACUUUUAAAAAUAAGGUAGCAUUUGCGAACACAAAGCUGUUAUAUUUAUACCAUAAACUGGACAAUCGUGUGGCCCCAUUAAUGAUGACUAUACGUUAUUGGGCCAAAUAUCUUGAUAUAAUUGGAAAAGGUUUGAUGUUUAAUUCCUACACCAUAUCUUUGAUGAUAAUUUUUUUUCUACAAACUCGAAGUCCUCCUAUACUUCCAAGUGCUGAGUCAAUCAUAGCAUGGAAUGAUAGUUUUAUAGCUGAUGACAUGGAUGAUAAAAGCUUUUUGGAUAUCUUGGAAAAAAUACCACCAUCAAAAAAUGAACAAGCUUUAGAUGAAUUGCUGAAGGAAUUCUUUUUCUUUUACUUGUACUUUGAUUUUACUCAAGUUAUUUGUCCCAUGACUGCUAAAGCUGUGCCAAGAAAAGAAUUUUUCUCUCGGAGUGAAAAUUCUUAUUUUAAAAUGAAUACAUUAUGUGUGCAAGAUCCUAUGUGUCUCUCGCACAAUGUUGCAGAACUUGUAGAUCACAAGUAUUGCAGAAAAUUGGCUUGCGAGUUGCUGGUAGCUUGCAACAUCUUUCUAAAUGAGGAUACAUUAAAACCAUCUACGAGUGCUUGGGGAUUAAUUAGCAUGUUAGAUACACCUCAAAAUUAUUCAUUCAAACGCUUGACUACAUCAAAAACUGUUUCACUUUCAGUACCUUUAUUAACAAAAUCGAUUGAUGGUCUUAUCCCAGAGAGUGAAAGGAUGUCUACUACUGCUGAUACCUUACUGAAAAUCUUAGAUUAUGCAUUUCUUUUCAGUUACAGGCGUCUGAAAACUAGUGAAUAUCUAAACUUACUCAGAAAGCUGGAUGAACUCAUUUUGAAGCAUAAACGGCAAUCUGAGGCUGCUGCUAAAGCUAAAUUGGAGAUGCAGCAAAUUCGACAAAGUUUGAACAAAAAUAAAUUGGAUGCAGUUAUAGGCAUCAAUAUAGCUAGUGUCAAUAAAAUUGAAGCAGAAGAAUCUAUGCUAGAACAAUUUCAGAAAUUUAAUGCAGAAAAUCAGUUAAUUUUCUGUGCAGAGCUCAAAGCAUCUAAAAAUAUUUGGCAAGGUAGGGAUCUAGUCCAGUUAGAUACUGUAUAUGAUUCAAAAAAUAUUUUAGAAAAGGAACAUUUAAUUUCAAGCCUGACAGCUAAACUGAAUGAUAAGAGAGAGAAAACAGAGCCUUAUCUAUUUUUGUGUGAAUGCCAUGCUGCCAAAGAUAAACCAAAAACACUGGUACUUAAUUUUAAACCUUGCAAGAAAUUAAAUUUCAACCCUAUGCUAAGUACUUUCUUGAAGCAAUAUAUUCCAUACAUUAUGAAAAAAAUAAGUGAGUGAAAUGAUUUUCUGGUUUUUAAAUUAGUGUAAAUAAAGAAUUUUAUUUUACCGA